AUGGAGAGCAAAUUGAGGAAAUGGAGAAAAAAACGUGACUUCUUGAAGCUACUGCAGUACAGAGAAAAUAAUGCUGAGGCCUCCAAAUUUCUCAAACAACAUUCACAGUUCACAGAUACCCUAAUCAAAAGGCUAGGCUUAGAAUAUGAGUUGGAGGGCCAUCAAGGAUGUGUGAAUUGCUUGGAAUGGACCUCAGAUGGAAGGCACUUGGCUUCAGGAUCUGAUGAUACAAAUAUCAUACUAUGGGAUCCAUUCAGACACAAAAAAUUGCAAGUUAUUCCUACACAUCAUAUUGGGAACAUUUUUUCAGUCAAGUUCAUAGGUCAUUCUCAAAAUGAAAUUGCCACUGCUUCAGGAGAUUGCAGAGUACUAGUGCAAUCAAUUUCAUCUGCUGUUGCAAAAGCACCACCCAUACUUGAUUGCAGUUGUCAUGUGAAUCGUGUUAAAAGAUUAGCAACAUCUCCUUUAGAACCCACUCUAUUCUGGUCUGCUGCAGAAGAUGGUCUUGUUAUGCAAUUUGAUUUGAGAGAACCUCAUGAAUGUUCCCUGACUAAUAAAAAAGUGUUGAUAGACUUGAGUCACAAUUUUGGCGAAGUCAAAUGUAUCACUGUGAACCCUACCAAGCCAUAUUACUUAGCAGUAGGGGCCAAUGAUUGCUAUAUUAGAUUGUAUGACCGUAGGAUGCUGAAAACUUGUACUAUUGGUGCUGGACACAGAGCAGAGAGGACGCACCUGUUCCUUCCCCGUUUCCAGCCGCCGACGAAAGAGCAAACACCCGAAGACAAAGACCUCAUCGACCCGAACUGCUGCCAGUACUACGCGCCCGGCCACCUGGCGGUCGAGAACGCCACCACGACCAGCUUCAAGCUGGCCGCCACGAACGUCGCCUUCGACGCCACCGGCGCCGAGAUGCUGGUCAACAUGGGUGGCGAGCAGAUUUACCUGUUCGACGUAAACAAGUCGCGGCAGGUGGACGAGAUCCGGGUGCCGAGGGUCAGUAAGAGGAAGAAGGGUCUGGCUACGUGCAACAAGUGUAGCAGCGGGGAAACAAAUGGUCAUGAUAAUAUCAAUCAUAACGAAUUGUGUGAAGAAAAUUGUUCAUGUUUCUAUAUACAGAGAGCUCAAGAAUGUUGCAAUAGAAAAUGGAUGGGAGAUGUGUACAAUGCAACACGAGACUAUUUGCAUGUGAUACAAAACUGGCCUGACAAUAUUCAAGCUUAUAUUGGGCUAAUUGAGAGUUUGAUUGACCUAAACUGGACUGAAGAAGCUUCCAAAUGGCUGGAUUACUUUUGUAAUCUCCAGAUCAACAACAAUAAUCAUUGCAAGAUUGAUUUAUUGCGUAGAAGAAUAGAAAGAAUACAAAUCAAUAUUGAUAGAGACAAAAAUAAUGCUGAGAAUGGUGAUGAAAAAGAGAGAUUCCUCAGGAAAAUUGAUGAAACUGAAAAGAGGAGAAGACUGGAAUCAAAGGAUUUUGAAAGCAGAUUUUUGGGACAUUGCAACACUACCACUGACAUCAAAGAAGCUAAUUUCUUAGGCGAAGAUGGUAACUAUAUUUGUGCCGGUUCAGAUGAAGGUAUCAUAUUCGUAUGGGAGAGAAAAAGAUCGAACAUAGUGACGGCUCUUUUUGGCGACGUAUCGAUUGUCAACUGUGUCCAACCUCACCCUAGUGCCUGCUUUAUAGCUUCCAGUGGAAUCGAUUCCGGCGUCAAAUUAUGGUCACCCUUACCCGAAGAUGACAGCAUAAAUCCAAGAAUAGUAAUAGAUAUUGCUGAAGUUGUGAGGGCAAAUCAGGAGAGAAUGUCGAUGGAUCCUUUUGAAUCCAUGCUGGUGAAUAUGAGUCACAGAAUUCCUGGUAUCAACGUACAACCAAUGUCAGAAACUGAAGUACCAGCAUGUCGAACUUCUUGA